AUGGAAGAAGCAAAGACACUCAUCCGGACGACCGUCCGCACGUUCUUCAACCACCCCAAACAAAUCCUCAUCGUGGACGCUAUCAUGCUUCACUCGGUCUUACACAUGGACGACCUCGCCGUUUUGGUGUCAGCCCAACCGAAAGACAUCCGAAGUCUAAUGAACCCACUCCGCGCGGCUCGCCUUGUUUCUACGCAAUCGCGCAUGGAACUCCGGAUCGGGUCUCAACGAGGCAGUCCUCGAGAGUACUACUAUUGCCCCUUCCACCCUGCCAUCGAUGCCAUUAAAUACCGCAUUGCUAAACUGCGGAAGAAGGUGGAAGCGCUGUACCAACAAGACGAAACGAAGCGGAAAGAUUGGAGGUGUCCUCGCUGCAAAGCGGAGUACGAAGAGCUCGAAAUCCUCGACAAGAUCGGCGACGAAGGGUUCUACUGCGACCGAUGCGGAGCCACAUUGGUGCAAAACGAACGGGCCGCGCAGGACCGCGGCAACCACGAGAAGAUUCGUCGAUUGAACGACCAACUCAAGAAGUUUGACGACAUGAUUCUCAAAAUCGAUAGGAAGGAUGUCCCGCAGAACGACUUUGAGUCCGCCUGGGAGAGGAAGAAAGAAGUACCGAGGGAACGGGGCGGGAAGGCCGAAAACCAAUAUGUGGCUUUGGAGCGGGCGGACAAGAACCAGAAGCGCGGGCCGGAGAUGGUCAAAGUCGAGAAUUUGGCGGUCAACUUGACUAGUGGUGCGGAAGCAGAUCGGGAAGAAGCAGAGCGCAAGGAGGAACGGAGACGUCUACUUGCGAAACAGAAUCAGCUACCUGUAUGGCAUACCAGCAUAAUCGGAGCCGCCAACGGUGGAUCAACUGGUGCUGCCUCCGGAGUCAAACUCGAACCUGAUCCUGCGUCAGUUCCGGUUGACAGCGGUGUAACAUUAAUCCCUAAGAAGGAAGAAGACUUGGACGACGAGAAGAAGCCGGAACUUGCAGGUUUGGCCGGCAACACGCUACAGGACGAAGUAGCCGCUUACAUGGCGGAAAUGGAACGAGAACGCGAAGCGGCGGCCAUGCGGGCAAAGGAGGAAGACGACGAGGAAGAAGACGAAGACCUCGAGUUCGAGGAUGUCGUCGACCUGGGCGGUGGUGGGACUAGCAAUGUCGGCACGCCCAGCAGUUCGCUGCCUCAACCUGUCGAGGCCAAACCUGCGGUGGUCAACGGGAUCAAGCGCGACCUGGACGAGGAUGGUGUACCCAGCAGUGAAGCCAAUACCCCUGCCAGUUUUGUUGAUCAUCGGGAUACCAAGAGAGUCAAACUUGAAAACGGCAAUGCAACUGCUACGAAUGGCGACAUCAAGGUUGAAGGAAAUACUUCGUCGGCUGGACUGGAUAAUGGUGGUGCGGGAGCCGUGGCUGAUGGCGACCAGGAUUCCGAGGAGGACGAGGAUUUUGAAGACGCCAUCUGA